UUAAGAUAUGACGACUACGGACUACARACUACGGACGUGAGUCAUUAUAGGACUGGGACGAGUCACGCGUGUAGCCUUCUCCCACCGUCGCGACCUUGCGACGGUGAGUAGUCCAGCGUGUUUGCGUAGCGAGUUCGUAGGACACUACAUAAGCGCAAAAAGGUAGGAAAAAAGAUAUUUAAUGCAUAAGUUACCAGGAUUCGUGAAAGAUUUGCUCGUUAGCUACGUUUUUAAUUCAAGUUUGGACUUUUUAUUUUGAGUUACAAGUCACUACUGAGCUGUUUAUUUCUUCAACUGAUUUUUGCCGCCAAAGAGGCCAAAUGAAUUCGUUCACUAAACAUUUUAUUUGCUGAAWUUCAACAGAAAUGGCAUCUUUACAAACCAAUAACACGACUGUUCCAUGUGAUAUUUCAUCUACAAACAUGCCAACUCAAAGUAUGCUAAGGAACAAUGGAACUUUCAGAUGGGAUGAGAAGAAGGAUAAAAUACUUUUGAGAGAAGUAAGGCUAGUAGAGCCAUACCUUUUCAAGAUUGGAAGCAAGGAAGCUGGUCAGAAAUGGUCAGAAAUUGCAUCUGCCCUGAACAGCCAUGCAGACUUCAGGUCCAAUCCAAGAGAGCAGYGAUCUGUAAGGGAGCGUUUUAACAAAAUAUUCGCAGAAUUCAAGACAAAGAUGAGAAAUGAGGAGAAUGCCUCUGGAGUCGCACCUGACGAGUUGACUGAAAAUGAGCAGCUGUUAGAGGAAAUAAAAGAAAUCAUUACAUCUAACUCCAGCAACCCUCAAAAGUCAGCAGACCAAACAAAAGCGAGUGAAAGAGAAAAAGCAUUAGCUAUGAGGAAAAAGUCCAUGGAGUCAUGGGGGAAAAGCCAGAGGAAAAGCGAAUUCAAGAUAGAUGAUGAUGAUGAGGAGGAAGAGGAUGAUCAAGUUUUUAGAAGGAGGAAAAGACGCAGAAGGAGUGGAUCAGACCCCCUGGAUUACCUACAGAUGAAAAGAGAAUCUGAGGCAGAAUUUAAGAAAGAAGAGAUGGCUCUCUUGAAGGAGAAACUUGCCCUGGAAGACAAGAAAUUACAGAUUGACCAGGCAAAGCAAGCACAAAUGCAAGACCAGCUUUUAUUUCAGCAAAGGCAAAUGCAGCAGCAGAURGAAGCUCAAACCCAGUCCCAAGCUCUGAUUCUUGCCUUUUUACAAAAGAUGAAUAAGUGAUAAGUAUAGAGAAGUGAUCAUGUUAUCUGCUUUCUUAUAGCAAGAGUUUAAACACAACA